AUGACUAUGAAUGGGGAAAUCUGUUUCCGAGCUGCUCCGACUUUUUUUGUGGAGAAUGCUAGCUCCCUCCUGGAAAACGCCUCUGAUCACACACUGGUUGCCAUGGUCACUGUGUCUCUCUCACCUCAUACUUCUCUGAUUGGAGAUCCUGUUAUUCUUAAUGCCAGCCCUGUGGUGCAUCCUUUCGUGCUGGCUCAUAGAUUCUCACAUCGGUGGGAUUUAAUUAUCACUGGAGUACCCAAGCUGGACUUUGAGGUGGUAGCACUCUACUCCUUAACAAUAUAUGCCAAAGACAGCCAUGAGGCAACAGCAUCACAGACCAUUUUUGUUCAGAUUGAAGAUGUGAAUGAGCCACCUACUUUCACUGGAUCACUUGCUCAGGAAGAUCAAGUUACUGAGAUUUACAUCACAGAAGACACUGCCCCUGGCACCAUCAUUUAUAAAGCAGCGGCCAAGGACCCAGAGGAUGCUGUGUUGGAGUACUUCAUUUCCCCGGAGAGCUCCAGCUUCAUCAUUGACAGCACUGGGGCGAUUUCCACAGCGUCAGCUUUGGAUUUUGAGAGGGGCAUGAGAAGUUUUUCACUGGUCAUUAAAGUGGUUGAUCCUGGAGGACUGUUUGCUACUGGAAAUCUGAAGAUUUUCCUCAUCAACGUCAACAAUAAAGACCCCACUCUUACCUGCAGCUUAUUCAACAUUGAAAACGGGAUCUUGAGUGUUACCUCCACAAACUCAACUCUGCAUCAUAAAGUCAACAUCACACUGGACGAAGAAAUUCCAACUGGGAAGAUGAUUGCAAUGUGCCAGGCAGCUGAUGAAGAUAACUUGGGAGGUUUAACCUUUGAACUGGAGACAGUGGAUGAUUAUUUUGCAGUAGACAAAGAGAAAGGGACUGUGGUUACGACUACCCGCCUCGAUGUGGAGAAAGCUGGGUUUGCAAGUGUUCUGUCCUUCUCCAUUAAGGCAUGUGAUGGUGACCAGAGGUGUGCAACAAUUCCAGUGACUACCUAUAUUCAUGGCAUUAAUGACAACGCGCCCUUCUGUGAUCAGUAUCUGAUUAGGUACACAGGCAAGGAGGAGAUUGCAAAAGACACAAUCAUUGCAAAGCUCACAUGCCAUGACCUUGACAAGCCUCCUGACACAGUUCAUUAUGCGCCAAUCUCUGGCCCAGUAGGCUCUGGACAACUAUUUGAGCAAGUGCCAAAUGCUGACAAUUUCAUCCAGGUUACCAAAGAACUGGAUUAUGAAAACCCAGAGGUGGUUGCAGCAGGACACAUUUAUGAAAUGAUGAUUUCAGUAUUUGAUGACCUACAUCCAUCUCAUACAGUGACUGUGACUAUCCUUGUGGAGAUUGCUCCUGACAAUGAUUUCAGCCCCAAAUUUCAAGCCUCACAUUACGUAUUUUCAGUUCCAGAAACAUCAGGAGCCUUCUACAAAGUUGGACAAGUGACUGCCAUUGAUGAGGACCACCCACCAAAUUGUCUGACAUACAAGAUAAUCAAUGGAGACAUCCAGGCUGUACAAAGGUUCUGGAUUGACCCUCUUUCUGGAGUGAUUGAACUCACCAGUCAGCCAGACUAUGAGUCAGUGAGACAAUAUAACCUCACAGUGCAAGCUGUGGAUUGUGACAGAGCCCAUCCACAAACUGCUGUGGCCACAGUCACUGUUGACAUUGAAGAUGAGAAUGAUGAAGCACCCGUCUGCAUACCCUAUCUAUAUAAGGCAGUCAUCUCUGAUGAUGUUGUUGCUGGGACAAACGUCAAUGGCCUCAAAUUAAACUGUCAUGACAGAGAUUCACACGAUUUUGAGAUGCGCUUUGAAAUGGCUUCUGGAAAUGAAAACCUUCACUUCCAAUUAGACCCAAGUCGGGGUACAAAUACUCCAAAAUUAAUCGUGAAGAAUCCUUUCAACUUUGAAUCUGGAGCUGAACUGCAGCAGCAAUACCAUCUUGUGGUGCAUGUAAUCGAUGACAACCUGAAAUCUGGCAAAGCCGUCAAGCCCAAGACAGGAACUGCUGUCAUAGACAUUUAUGUGAGAAGAAUCAGCCCACCACCUCCUCCAACCAGUUCUGAACAAAGAAAAGGUCUGACCAUUGUGUACACAGCUAUCAACACGUAUGAAAACAGUGACUGGUACAUUCCUUUUAUCUUCACUCUGAUGGCUGUUUUCUUUGUUGGAUUGUUUUCCUGGGUGUGUUUUCUACUUUGGAGAUAUGGAAACAUAAAAAGCUGCUCUCAGAAAUUGGCCAAGGAAGACUCCAAGUUGAAACCCAAAGGAAUGAAGUAUGUUGUAGGAGACAGAAAUCAAAAAGAAAAAAAUGUUAUCACAGAAACCAGAAAUAAAAAGCUAGCAGUACUAACAGAAACCACUGUAUAUGAGACUGUGUUUGAUGGAGAAGCCAUUGAUCCAGGUAUGAUGCUUUUAUAUCUUUUGAAUUAA